AUGGCUUCAAGCGCCUUUCUCAGCAACACCAUCAACAACACUCCAGUCAUGAACGCAACAUCUUCCUCACAGUAUAUGAAUCCUUCCGACAGUGCGAUGUUGGAUAUGUUCAUUCCGGGAUACUCCUUCAUCUCCCGGUUUUUAAUAUCAUAUUUACACAUCGACCUCUCCCAAUAUAUUCCCAUGAUUUUGACAGCCGUGGCUUUUGUCGCUUCACUGCGAUAUGUGUUCUCCCGCUCCCACGAGCUGUUAAGUGACUACUGUGUGUCAACAGCUGAGAUCCGCCUCGAGGAUGAAGUGUACAACUAUCUGAUGUUCUGGAUGGCGCAACACCCCUCGACGAAACGGUCCACUCAAUUCGUAGCCAGCACCAAGAUCUCUAGCGGCGCACGAUACUACGACUCCGACGACGAGGGUGAUCUAGACGACGAAGAUGAAUACGAUGAGAAUGGCAACGUCGUCUCCGACUUCGACGACUACUGGGCCAAAACCGUCGCACGGGACAAGUUCAAGCGCCUGCGCUUCACUCCAGCCGAAGGAAGCCAUUAUUUCUGGUUCCGCGGUCGUCUUCUUACCUUCACUCGUGCCAAAGAGGAAAACAACAACACUAUCUCCUACAUGCGAUACGUGCCUGAGAGACUUUUCAUCUCAUGUUUCGGUCGUGAUCCCACUAUCCUGAAGGAACUGCUCGCCGAAGCUCAAAGGGCAUGGGUAGCAAGAGACGGAAACAGCACAGUAAUCUACCGCGGCCAAAAAAAUGGCGGAUACACGGACUGGGUGCGCUGCAUGGCACGCCACCCCAGACCUCUCUCCACCGUCGUACUAGACCCAGCCCAGAAGCAGUCUUUCAUCAAAGACAUCAAGGAAUACCUCCACCCCCGCACGAGGAGAUGGUACUCCAACCGAGGCAUCCCUUACCGACGGGGUUAUCUCCUCCACGGUCCUCCCGGGACAGGAAAGACCAGUCUCUGCUUUGCAGCAUCAGGGCUCCUCGGUCUGCCUCUAUACCUACUGAACCUCAGCUCCAAGAGUCUGGACGAAGACGACUUGAUGUCUCUAUUCCAAGACCUCCCUCGACGCUGCAUCGUCCUCCUUGAAGAUAUUGACUGUGCCGGAAUGACCUCCAAGCGCGCGGCCAACAGCACUCAAGACGACAAAAACAAGAGCGACCCCAACAACGCCAAUACCAACCCAGCCGCUGCUCCCAACACUGCCACCAACACUCCCGCCGGUUCCUCCACAGAUAAGAAGCCCUCUGAGGAGACCACUGAUAACAAAGGCAUCACCCUCUCCGGUCUGCUCAACGUAAUCGAUGGCGUCGCAGCAAGUGAAGGCCGCAUUCUCAUCAUGACUACCAACCAUCCGGAGAAACUCGAUGCUGCGCUCCUCCGUCCCGGCCGCGUAGACAUGACCAUCACUUUCGGAUACGCUCAUUCCCAAGACAUCCGGGAGCUGUUCUCGUCGAUUUACUCCACGCUUGAGGGUGACUUGCGCUCUGUGUCUCCUAACAGGAGGAAGGAUGCCAUCACCAGCCACGACGGCAAAGCCAAUGGUGUCAAGAAAACAACCAUUGGUGAUGGAAUGGAAGAACGGCCCCCUGUUUCGGAUAAGAUUGUCAGGUUGGCGAAGGAUUUCGCAGCUGGUAUCCCUGCUGGGGAAUUCACUGCUGCGGAGGUGCAGGGCUAUCUGUUGAAUUAUAAGGAUGAUCCGGAGGGUGCGAUUGCAGGGAUUGGGGGGUGGUUGGAGCGGACAGAGAAGAUAGUAGAGAUACCCCACCCUACUCUUAAAGAAACUUACUAA